AUGCCAAGACAGUUUAGUUUAGCAGACGGCGGCAAGAUUCAUGCUGUGGGUCUUGGCACGUGGCAGCUGGAGGGGAAUCAAGGACGGGAAGCUAUGGUACACGCAUUGAAAAGCGGCUACCGCAUGCUAGACUGCGCGUUCUCGUAUGGCAACCAGGCCUUAGUCGCAGAAGCGAUCGAGCAAUCCGGAGUGGCACGCGAGGACUUAUUCAUCGUGGACAAGCUUGCAAACACUUGGCAUUCUGCUGCUGAGGAGUGCCUAGACAGAACGCUUGCCGCGCUAAAAACAGACACCCUAGACCUAUGGCUGAUGCACUGGCCUUCGCCAUUGAACCAUCAUGGUAACCAUCCCAAGUGCCCCACGUUGCCUGACGGCACUGUGGAUUUUGAAAAGAAUUGGAACUACGUGAAAACAUGGCAAACGAUGAUUGAGAUCCAAAAGCGACGGCCCGAGGUCAAGCGAUUGGGCGUCGCCAACUUUGGCAUCAAAGAGCUUGAAGCCAUCAGCGUGACAGGCGUGUUGCCACUAGUCAACCAGGUUGAGCUACAUCCGUCGUGCAACCAGGAAAAUCUGCACAAAUAUUGUAUACAGAAAGGAAUCCAGCUCGUCGCCUACAGUCCUCUAGGCUCAACAGGAUCUGCGUUGCUCCACGAUCCCAACCUCAAGGCGAUUGCUAAAAAGAACAAUGCGACGGUGGCGCAAUGUCUGUUGAGCUGGGGUGUAGCAAAUGGAUGGCCGGUCAUCCCGCGCUCGUCGUCUCCAGACCGGCUGGACCAGAAUUUGGACAUUCUGGAGCUCUCGAAGGAGGACGUGGACGCCAUUUCCAGAAUAGGCAAGGCGUCACCAAAACGGUACGUAACUGCUCCGUGGCAUACUUUCGAGGAGAUUGUUUAG